UACAAAACCAAGCUCUGCGAGAAGUUUGAGCGCGAGGGCGAAUGUCCCUACCACCACAAGUGCGUUUUCGCUCAUGGCGAGAGCGAGAUGCGUGGAGCCGCGCCCAAGUUCAAUGACAACCCGCUUUACAAGACCAGGCCCUGCCAGCGCUUUGCCGAGCAGGGUGCGUGCCCGUAUGGCGAAAAGUGCCAGUUUGCCCAC